CGAACUGCCCGGGGGUAUCAAAUGCGUCCAUCGCAGGUCGAGCAAGCAGCAACUGGCAUGUCGCCUGUGAUUGAGUGUCUAUACCAUCCUAGACAUGGCUGGUUGUAUCCUAUCCUUGUCCGCAGCCAGGAGAUGUAGAUGUAGAUGUAGAUUCUCUUUUUGAGUUGUCUUCGGGGCGUUCUUGAUCGAGUGUUAUUCGCUGACGUAAGCGAUUUGAUGGCGUCACAAGUUUUGACUUAGUAAAAAAAAAAGCAGAGAAGAAGAACGACAACAAGCAGAAGCAAAGAGAGGAAGAAGAAGAGAAUCAGACAAAACUACUUGACAGCGGCAUAAUUGAGACGGAGAGUGAUAUUGCUGUUUUACUGGGACGCUGAGAGUGAUACAGGACCAGCCGAGAAGUGACAGCCAGCCAGCAUGGCAGAGACAGACCGAGCAACAAGCACUCCGAAGAAAGCAACGGGACUGAACCCUGAGUCGCCGACGACGGCUCGCCCGCUGGACUUUGACGACGAGCCGCAGGAGACGGGCCUGACAUCCACCAACACCACCACCACCACCACCAGCCGGCCGUCUUCGCAGCUCAACCUGGCUGCGAACAUGCAGAACCAGAGCCAGGGACAGCCUCGCACACCGAAUCCGUACCAGAGGAUAAUUGACGACCUCAAGGAGGCGUUCCCCAACAUCGACGCGCCGGUGAUAAAGGCGGUGGUGGUAGCGAGUGAUGGAAACGUCGAGCGGGCAUUCAAUGCAUUGCUGGGCAUGUCUGAUCCGGACGCACAGGAGGAAGUACGGCCGGCGGUGCCCCCUCGACCGAGCGCUGGCGGGGUAGCUACAUCGACGACGCAGAGCCAGCUGGAGGACGACGAACGGUAUGCGCGCCAGCUGGCCGAGCACUACAGCGGCGCGGACCAGAGACGAGGGUACCAGCAGCAGCCGUCGUCGUCGAUAUGGGACCACGGCCCGGCGUCGGGGCAGAGGGGUCAGGGGCUGAAGCCGAACGAGCUCUACGAUAAGGAACACAGCUUCCUUGACGACGACCUGCCGAUUAUCAAGGAGAAUAUCCGCAAGGGGUUCCUGGAGACGCAGUCGCGGGUGAACAGCUGGGUGGAGAACUUCAAAAGACGGCUUGACGGGGAGGAGUCUGACGAGGAUGCGCAGUACGGCCACAGCCAGAGACAGUAUGGGCAGAGACAGCAGCAGCAGCAGCAGCAGCAGUACGGCUACCCGAACCGCCGCAGCGUAGACCGCGAGAGAUACGACGCCGAUCCGCAUGUCCUGGGCGACGACUUUUCCUCUCUCGAGCUACGAGACAACGAGGUGCCUCCGCCUCGCCCUCCACGCCCGCAGGCCAACCCAGACCUGUUCAAGAGCAAGAGCGCCUCUGCCUCGCCCGACCGACGCAAGGUAUCCUUCCAGGAGGGCCCGCCCGAAGAGAUCCAGGACUCGUUCUCAGCCAACACCAGCAGCAACGCCAACAACGCCAGCGGCACCGCCAGCAGCAACGCGAAUACCAGUGCUGGCGCCCGCAGCACGGCCAACAAGUCGAGCAAGUGGCAGCCGCUGUCGACCGUGGAGCCGUCUCCCGUGGCAGACAACGACCCGUUCAGCCUGGGAGACAGCGAUGACGAGCGGGAGAGCAAGGCAAAGGAGGUCAAGGGCGAGGAUGCCGCGAAGAAGGCCGAGAAGACGAGUACAUAGCGGGUAGCCAUAUCAACCUCUAAUUCCCUUGUAAAUACCAGUCCAUGAUUCCCAAACAUAAUAUCGUAUCGAGUACGCAUUGUAUCGUGCCAGACAUCCUGUCGACUACCGCUCAUCGUCUGCCUCGACUCUCCUGAGCUCCUUGAUCACAUUCUAGCAGGUCAGCCGGCGCUCGGCCAUGGUUGUAUAGGGGUAGACUCACUGCCAGCGCCUCCGGGUUGACGCCGUUUUCUAUCAGCGAGACGCAGAGAGACAGCUCCGUCCGGUCCAGAUGCGUAUUCUAUAAUAUCAAUCUGUCAGUCUCUCUCUCUCU